UGCUCUACGAAGUCAUAGACGUAAACGGUGAUCAGCUGUUGAACCGUCUUGGGCCUUUCCGGUUUGUACUGUUAUAUCUAAAACAAACUUCAUUAUAUUCUUAAAAACAAGCGCGUAUGUGCCAUGCAAACCUGGUGUUGCGGAAGACGUUUGGAGAAGUGAUUCCUGUCAGAAGUUAGUUUGUGGUUACUUGUAUAACUUGCAGAAGCAAAGACUUGAGGUUCUCACCAGUCUCUCGGUAAAAGCAAUUGACCUGAGAUGUCUGUCAGCAACCACGAGAAUCGGAAGUCGAGAUCGAGCUCCGGGUCGAUGAACAUCCAGCUGUUCCACAAGUCCUCGCACGCGGACAGCCUGUUGACGCAGCUCAACCUCUUGCGGAAGCGCUGCCUCUUCACGGACGUGGCCCUGCGGGCAGGGAGCCGGACCUUCCACUGCCACCGCGCAGUGCUGGCCUCCUGCAGCCGCUACUUCGACGCCAUGUUCAGCGGCGGGCUCAAGGAGAGCCGGGACGCCGAGGUGAACUUCCACGACUCCCUGCACCCGGAGGUCCUGGAGCUGCUGUUGGACUAUGCCUACUCUGCCCGGGUCCUCAUCAACGAGGAGAACGCAGAGUCUCUCCUGGAAGCCGGAGACAUGCUCCAGUUCCACGACAUCCGGGAUGCCUGCGCCGAGUUCCUGGAGAAAAACCUGCACCCCAGCAACUGCCUGGGGAUGAUGCUGCUCUCGGAUGCCCAUCGCUGCGAGCGCCUCUUCGAGCUCUCCUGGAGGAUGUGCCUGGCUAACUUCACCUCCCUCUUCAAGACCGAAGACUUCCUCGGCCUCCCCAAGGACAAGUUCCUGGAGCUGAUCCUGAGCGAGGAGCUGGAGGUGGAGGACGAGAUCCUGGUGUACGAGGCAGUCAUCGACUGGGUGAAGUACGACCUAGGGCGGCGGCACGAGGACCUCCCGGAACUGCUGCGCUGCGUUAGGCUGGCCCUGCUGCCCGAGUCUUACCUUCUGAAGAACGUGGCCUCCGAAGAGCUGGUGGUCGGCCACAAGCUGGGUCUGGAGAUCGUGGAAGAUGCCGUCAGGUGCAAGAUGAGGAUCUUGCAGAACGAUGGGGUGGUGACUGGGUUUUGCGCCCGCCCCCGCAAGGUCAACCAGGCGCUCUUGCUUCUGGGCGGCCAGACCUUCAUGUGCGACAAGGUGUACAUGAUAGACCGCAAGACCAAUGAGAUCACCCCCAAGACGGACAUCCCCAGCCCACGCAAAGAGUGCAGUGCCUGCGCAAUCGGCUGCAAGGUGUACGUGACCGGCGGGAGGGGCUCUGCGAAUGGGGCUUCCAAAGACGUGUGGGUGUACGACACCCUCCACGACGAGUGGUCCAAAGCGGCGCAAAUGUUGGUGGCCAGGUUCGGGCACGGAUCAGCUGAGCUCGAUCACAUGUUGUACGUGGUUGGCGGCCACACUGCUGUAGCUGGCUCGUUCCCUGCCUCCCCAUCCGUGUCCCUCAAACAAGUGGAGCAGUACGACCCGCAGACCAACAAGUGGACCCUCGUGGCACCUCUCCGGGAGGGCGUCAGCAACGCUGCAGUGGUUGGGGCCAAAAUGAAACUCUUUGUCUUCGGUGGCACCAGCGUCAACCGGGACAGGCUGCCCAAAGUCCAGUGCUUUGACCCUUGCGAGAAUCGGUGGACGGUGCCCACGUGUUGUCCUCAGCCUUGGCGCUACACCGCGGCGGCCAGCCUGGGAAACCACAUCAUAGUGAUUGGAGGGGACACCGAAUUCUCAGCCAGCUCAGCCUACCGCUUCAACAGCGAGACGUACCAGUGGUCGAAAUUUGGCGACGUCAUGGCAAAGAGGAUAAGCUGCCAUGCGGUGGCAUCGGGGAACAGACUAUAUGUAGUGGGUGGCUAUUUUGGCGCUCAGCGCUGUAAAACAUUGGACUGCUAUGAUCCCUCUACAGACACUUGGGACAGUGUCACCAGCGUGCCGUACUCGCUCAUACCUACUGCUUUCGUCAGCACUUGGAAAUACCUCUCUUCCUAGAACGUCAGGAGGACACAGUGUAUGGAAGAACUUUAUUGCCAGAGGUGUCUGGAAUUUUGACGACGUGUCUCACUGUCCUUCUGCAAUGUGAAAACGGCAGAUCAGAGACGAGUGGGGCUGGACGUUUUGAAGACUGUGCUGCAGUGACUGUGGACGCUGAAGCACUCUGGUCCUGGUUCCGUGUAGACCCUGUGUACACCGGGCUUUGUGAUGUCCAAUGGAAUGUUCUGCAAGCUUCUGUAAUGGAUAUUAUGCAUAUUCUUGUCGCUCGGUGUAAAUUAAGUGAGACGGUUUGGGGAUUUCCCACAGCAAUUUUGUCUUAAUUAUCAAUGAAACUGGUUUAUUUAAACCCUUCAGCAGAUGGUCUUUUUUAAAGUUAUAUAUACUGUCUUUACAGUUUGCAAAGGGGGCACAAACUACAAUUUUUCAAGAGCGCUUUGCUUGCUAAUACAGAACAGUUUAUAAAUGCUACAGUAUAUAAAUACAGGUUUGUUUUUAGUUUUUUUUUUCAGUACACUGGAGUAAUGUUCUGGGUAAGGCUUGAGUUAUUCAAGUUUUAUCUGACAGUUUUCAGAAGUUAAGUCCAUUUCAACUCGGGUGUAUCUGAUUUCAUGAAGCUCAUGGUAAGAACGGAAUUGCUGUGCAAAGGGAUUCUUGUUUUCAACGGAUACACUUUCUGUAGCUUUUUGUGAAGUUAUUUCAUUUUUUGAUGCCAUUAACAUUAUUAUUAGUUUUGUUAUCGUACUGAAUUUGCUGUGCAAAGAUUGAACUUUGAAACGUGUAAUUUUGUUAUUUAUUUUAUUAUUCUUCUGUAGGUCAGGUGAUUGUCGCUGCAUUCUCAGGGUAUAUAUUAUUGCCUCCAACCAACUGUAAUAGAUAAGGUGGUUAUAAAUAUUAAUUUUGUAUUUAUUGGACUUUAUUUUCCUGGUACAUGUAUACCCCCUUUGCCACACUAAAAUAAAGUAUUCUUGUAAAUUCAUAAUUUUGGACUAUUGAAAUAUGUAUCUUAAACUACAUAUGAAAGGACAAAGCACGCCAAGUCUGUGUUUCGGACAUGUUCCCUGUUCAAAUAAACCAUCCAGGACUCAAGCCAGUAACUAUACCUGGUAAACCUGAACCAAUGAAAUGCAAGUUCAGUGAUGGAAAUAAAACUCCCACUGCGUAAAGGAUUGAUUCAUUCCUUGGUUAGCUACGAGUUUAUUCAAACACAACAGAGCUUCUUCCCUACAGGAUACACUGUGGCUAAUCAAGCACACGUUAAAAUCUGCAAUGGGUGAAACUGCUAUGCAAUGAAGUCUUAUUUCCAUCCCUGAAGUUUAUGGCACCAUCAUAGUUCUAAUUUAUAAGGACUAUGGCCCUGCUGUAAUUUUGAUUGUAUCUAAGCCCUGAUUUAUGGCAUCUUUUUGUUUGUUUUUUUUUUCUUUUUUUAAUGCAAAUAUCAUUAAUCCUGAGAUCUAAUGUAAUAGAAAUACAGUGUUAUUCAAUACAUGUUUGUCUUUUUGUAUAAAAAAAUGCAGAUUUGUAUU